UUAGAUGGUUGUUGUUACGUUGUAAUGUUUAUUUAAUGCCUUUGUCUUGGUUUUAAUAAGUUAAUAGAAUAUUAUUAUUUUUUUAAAAAAGUACUUAUCUUCCUUUUUGCCUUUUCAGAAUACAGAAUGAGGGCCAUGUUUGUGGCUGAUUAUUCCCCUCUUUCCAGAGGAUGGCAAAGGGAUGCAGUUGAACCAGCUCAGAGGCCAGUAACUUUCAAAGAUGUGGCUGUAUAUUUCACAGAAGGACAGGGGACUCUGUUGAACCCAGAUCAGAAGGCCUUGUAUAAAGAAGUCAUGAUGGAGAAUUAUGAAAAUGUGGCCUCAUUGGGAUUUCCAGUUUGCAAGCCUAACCUGAUCUCUCGUCUGGAACAAGGAAAAGACCCAUGGUUGCCAGAUUCUCGAGUCUUCAGUAACAACCACUCAGGCGUCUUGAGGAAGAAGAACGUGUGUCGUAAGUGUGGAAAAUGUUUUGCUCAGAAGUCAGACCUUGUCAUGCACAGAAUAAUUCACAUGGGAGAGAAACCUUUCAAGUGCUUGGAGUGUGCAAAGUAUUUCGUUCAUCACUCUGAGCUUGUGAAGCACCAGCGAGUCCAUACCGGGGAGAGGCCCUUCAAGUGCCUUGAGUGUGGAAAAUGUUUUUCCCGACAGUCAGUCCUUGUGAAUCACCACAGAAUCCACACAGGAGAAAAACCUUAUAAGUGUCUGGAAUGUGUGAAAUGCUUUACCCAGAGAUCACAGCUUGUCAGACACCUAAGAGUCCACACAGGGGAAAAACCUUACAAAUGUUUGGAGUGUGAGAAAUGUUUUGCCCGUCACUCAGUGCUCAUAAACCACCAAAGAGUUCAUACGGGCGAAAAACCUUAUAAAUGUUUGGAGUGUGCCAAGUGCUUUGCUCGUCAGUCAGUCCUCGUGAACCAUCAGAGAGUCCACACUGGAGAAAAACCCUAUAAAUGUCAGGAAUGUGGGAAACGUUUUGCUCACCAGUCAAACCUAGUGAAUCACCAGAGGGUUCAUACAGGAGAGAAACCUUACAAAUGCUUGAAGUGUGGGAAGUGUUUUGCUCAGCAAUCAGAUUUGGUGAAACACCGGCGAAUCCACACAGGAGAGAGACCCUACAAAUGCCAGGAGUGUGGAAAAUGCUUUGCAAUACAUUCAGAUGUUGUGAACCACCAGCGAGUCCACACAGGAGAGAAGCCACACAAAUGCCAGGAGUGCGGAAAAUGUUUUGCUCAACGUUCAGCCCUCGUGAGCCAUCAAAGAGUCCACACAGGAGAAAAACCAUACAAGUGCGUGGAGUGUGAGAAAUGUUUUGCUCAGCUCUCAAACCUUGUGAAACAUCAGAGAGUCCACACAGGGGAGAAACCCUAUGAAUGCUUGGAGUGUGGGAAGUGUUUUGCUCGACACUCACACCUUCGGGUACACUACAGAGUUCACGCAAGAACCAAAUCCCUUGAACGCCUCAAGGGUGAUCAAAGUUUUGUAAAAAAAGGAAACUUUAUUCGGUAUCAAAUAAUUGGCCCAGGGGAAAAAGAGGAGGAGGAGGGGGAGGACUACAUGUCCCAGGCCCCAGGCAAGGCAGGAGUGAUAGGAGGAGGCCUGGGCAGGAAAGAAAAACCAGAAAACAGGAUAAUGUCUGCGUUUGAAUCCGGAUUGCCUCCAUUUUCCAGAGAAAUGACAGUGGCUGCAGUGGAGCCAGCUAAGAGCCUGGUGACUUUUGAGAAUGUAGCUGUUUAUUUCACUACAAGCGAGGGGGCUCUGCUGGACCCAAAUCAGAAAGCCUUAUACAUUGAAGUCAUGAUGGAGAAUUAUGGGAAUGUGGCCUCAUUGGGCUUUUCAGGCCCAAAGCCUGAUCUCAUCUCUCAGAUGGAACGAGGAGAAGAAUUGUGGAUACCAGAUUCUGAGAACAGAGUUGAUGCAGAGAACCUUGAUGCCUACUCAGGUAACUCAUUGGGAAAAUCCUGGAAUCCCCCAUGGGUUGAACGUUCUGAUAACGUCCCCCAGAGAAUCCUUUUGGAACAGAAACCCUCCAGUUAUUUGGCAUUUGGGAAAUCUUCUGUUCAACAGUCAGACAUUAAGAUGCCACGGAAAACCUACAAGGGACAAAGAAGCUACAAAUGCCUAGAGUGUGGUGAAAGCUUUAAACAGCACUCUCUCUUUGUCAGCCACUGGAGGGUCCACACGGGAGAGAAGCCAUAUGAAUGCCAGGAGUGUGGGAGGAGUUUCCUUCGGCCCUCGGCUCUCGUGAAACACCGUCGUGUUCAUGGCACAGAUAAGCCCCACAUUUGUGUGGAAUGUGGGAAGCAAUUUGCUCGAGAGUCAUAUUUGCUGGCCCACCAGAUAACCCACGUCAAAGACGUGCUGCCUAAAUGCUUGCAGUGUGGGGAAGAUUUUGCCAACCACCCAGCCUUUGUAAGGCACCAGAGGGUCCAUACCGGAAAGAAACCCUAUAAAUGCUUGGAGUGUGGUAAAUGUUUUGCUGACCGGUAUCAUGUUGUGGUUCACCAGAAAAUUCACGCAGGGAUGAACCGUUUCAAAUGCUCCGAAUGCGGGGAGUCUUUUGACCAGCAUUCGGCCCUUGUGAGCCACUGGAUGGUCCACACUGGAGAGCAGCCCUAUGAAUGCUUGGAGUGUGGCAAAGGUUUUCCUCGGCCAUCAGCCCUUUUGAAGCACUGCAGGGUCCAUACAGCUGAGAAACUCUACAUGUGCUUGCAGUGUGGGAAGUCCUUUGCUCAACAGUCGGGUCUGGCGAGACACCAGCGUGUCCACACAGGAGAAAAACCCUACACAUGUUCAGAGUGUGGGAAGUGCUUUGCGGACAGCUCAUCUUUCAAGAAGCACAAAAGAGUUCACACAGGAGAGAAACCCUUCAUGUGUUCAGAGUGUGGGAAAUGCUUUUCGGACCGAUCAAAUGUCUUGGCUCACCAGAGGGUCCACACGGGGGAAAAACCCUACAAAUGUACGGAGUGUGGGAAAUGCUUUUCUCAUCGGUCACACAUUGUGAAACACCAGAAAUUCCACAUGAAGGAUUGUCUAAACACCAAUAACAUGCCCAGGGGUUUGGUUACAGAACUUUUACCUCAUCCAAAGACACACAAACCAGAGCUUGGAAGCAAUGAAUUACAAGUUCUGUUGCUUACACAUAUCAGCACUGCUAACACAGAUGGAGUCGACGAUGCGGAUGUAUUUGAAAGACGUUCAAGGCAUGUAGAGUUUUAUCCUGGUUUAUCCUGGGUCUAUUUGUAUCAGUUAUUCACACAGGUGACAAUGUAAUUUUUUAAAGAAAAACUUGGGGGGGGGGCAAGAUCGAUUAUCUUGGGUUAAGUGGUUUUUUUACACCCCCCUCAGCUUGUUCAUUUUGGGUGCAUUCAAAAUGCAUGUGAACAACAAAGAUUCAACACACCUUCUACUGGAAUUAUUUUCACUGUUUAAAUAACCCCACCCUCACCUAUUAUAGAUCCCUAGAGAUUUUCCUUUGGCUUGUACAUGCUUUUUUUCAAACCAGCAAGUGAUAUGAUUUGAUGCUCCAGUCACUUCUUGUUUUCAAACGAAUAUUUGAUAGGAUGA